AUGUCCAAGGUCAACAAAUUCGAUGCGGCGCUACUCGUAUUUCAAAUAAUAGCAGUGCAAUCAAUACACUAUUUAUCACUGUCAAUAAUAACCCCACUCUUGCUUCAUCUAUUUGGGAAUGAUGAAGCAUUGCGAUACGAAUGGGGGAGCUCACCGCCAUGUUCUAUUGGAUUGAUUCUAGAUUGGCGGGAGCUAGCAAACUGGGACCACGGUGAACCAGUCUGGCAGGGGUUGUGGAUCCAAGGGGUUCAACGAGGACGCAGUGCGAAUAUAUACGAAUGGGAUGGGAGUCAUAAUAGGAGUAGAGGAUGGGUAUUGGCAAUAUGCUGGGUCUUUGCCUGCUUUGUUGAUAUUAUACCUCUGUACUACCUCAUUCGCAAACCAACCCUCAUCCUUGAUUUCGCAUUGACAAUAACAGGCCUUCACUUCUUGUUCACCACAGCGCACAUACAAAGCCCGCCUGUUGGAUUCUUCUGCUACGGGGUGUACGCACUCGGUGUGGUCGUGCUAGUUGUUGGUGCUGAACAGCUUGCGAUGAGAAGAGAAUUGACGGAGGGAUUAUGGGGUGAUAAGUCGAAUGAGCAGGAUUAUGAAAUGUCUACUAGACACAACCACAAUCAACAUGUCCGUUCUCAUCGCAGACCUACGGGAUUAGGCUUGGUUUUGGAUAGCCCUGAUAACAGCCCAGACAAAAUUAGAAAUACACAAUGA